AUUGACCAGGCAUCCCUUCCGGUAGAUGAGGUCAACUUUUCCCCCAGAUCCGCCAUUUCAGUCCCGGAGUUUCUUGUUGCACAUUAUUCUGGGAUUCCGGCGUCAAUUAAUGACCAAAAACACUUGUCUAUGAAUGUCUGACUGGGCUACGACAACAUAUAAACCCUCGGCGCCUCGACGUUGUUCGUGAAAACCGCCUCAGGUCGAUAUAUUACACUUUUUUUUUCAAAAUAUAUAUUCGGGGGUUGGAAAGUCACCGACCCAAAGUUUUUGUAUGAGUUGCGGCUAAGGAGAGGCCUAAAGCCUCGGGCGGGAAUCGUUCAGCCAUGGCGGGUCAUUUUGACGCCGAGGACCGGGGGAGUUGGUUCUGGGGGAGGCUACGCCGCCAGGAAGCCGUGUCUCUCCUACAAGGGCAGCGGCAUGGCGUGUUCCUGGUGAGGGACUCGAUCACCAGCCAUGGGGACUACGUGCUGUCCGUGUCGGAGAACUCCAAAGUGUCCCAUUACAUCAUCAACAGCAUCGCUAAUAAUAAUCGACUCUCCAACUCAGGUUUGCCUUCUCCACGGUUUCGGAUCGGGGAUCAGGAGUUUGACGCCCUGCCGUCCCUGCUGGAGUUUUACAAGAUCCACUACCUGGACACCACCACCCUCAUAGAACCCAUCAGCAAAUCCAAGAACUCUGCAUUCGUCAGUGCCUCCCCCGCCGGCGCACCUCAGCAGCCCGAGGAGGCGGAGUUUGUCCGGGCGCUCUUUGACUUCUUGGGCAACGACGACGAGGACCUGCCCUUCCGCAAGGGCGACAUCCUGCGCGUGCUGGAAAAGCCAGAGGAGCAGUGGUGGAACGCCGCCAACCAGGAGGGCCGCGCCGGGAUGAUUCCCGUACCCUACGUGGAGAAGUACCGGCCCGCCUCGCCCACCGCCGCCGCCCUGUGUGCCUCUUUUGUAGGGAUGGGACAAGGGGUUGUCGCUGCGGUGGCUAGCGCGGACGAAACGGGGGCCUCGCCGGGCAACGCUCUGGGUGACCCGGGCCAGUACGCCCAGCCCGUGGUCAGCACCCAGCUUCCCAACCUACAGAACGGGCCCGUCUACGCCCGGGCCGUACAGAAAAGAGUGCCCAACGCCUACGACAAGACGGCGCUCGCUCUGGAGGUGGGCGACAUGGUGAAAGUGACCAAGAUCAACGUGAACGGCCAGUGGGAGGGCGAGUGCAAGGGCAAGCGAGGCCACUUCCCCUUCACUCACGUCCGACUGUUGGAACAGCACCACCCCGACGACGAGAGCUGAGAGACGCUUUCACGAGUCGCGGUGGGUUCGGUGGAGAAAGAGCAAAACCGGAAUCUCCAGAAGCACACACACACAACACACAACUACAAACAAAGCAAAUCUACCAGCUAAACUUGUCCUGGACCCCCUGGGGGCCGAGGCAAAGGCAUGUCGGAAGAGUUUAAAUUAAAUUUUAUGAUGGACGCCGGACUUGAGCUACUCCAGAAGAGAAAUCAUGAAAAUAUUCAGUCAGUCAAACCCAAAUAAGACAAUAACAUUACUUUUUGUAUGUGUUUUUAUUGAUAAGGUAUAUAAUGACUUUUUUCCCUUCUGUUUUUUCAGGUUUUUAGUUAGGAUUUUUUAUUUUUUUUUAAUCCCGCGACAUUAAUCCAAAAGUACAGUAGGGAAGGGAUUCAUAUAGCUCCGUUCCUGGGUGGAGAGAAAGACUGGGGGGGUUAUUCAUUUUGCAAUGAAGUCUCGCUGAAAAUGAUGGAAAGCGCCACUUUACAUAGCAACGGAUGCCGUGGUCAAAGUUGGAAUUGCCACAAAACACGUUUUAAGAUACACUCCACUGCCAUCUGGCGGCUGACGUGGAUAGUGCAACCCCCCGGUCCGUCACGUUUCAUGUGUCAGGUAAACCGCGACGACUGGGGCCGUAUGAAUCCCCGUCCUACUGUAAAUGUUUACACCUUUGGCUUAAAGAUGGGCACAAUAGUUGAUUCAUUGGUCGGAAAGAAUUCUGUUGAUUGUGUGGAAAUGAUUGAUAAGGCAGUUGGAAUGGAGUGCACAGCCUGGCUUCCACCAGCAGGGGCGCCACGGAGCCACCUAAACAGCCUCUCCUUUGGAAAAAUGUUGACUGUUUUUAAGCGUCAUAAUGUUCCGAAAGUGCGACGUCAACGGGCCGCAACCUUGGCGUCUCGAACAUUUUACAAGAAAUUGUUGACUUUCCUUCCAGUUCAAAGGCUAGUUUACGAGUCGGGUGAGCCCAUAUUUGAAGGGCCACACUACAAAAACUAUUUUGGUCCCCCGUGGCAUACUCAUCGUAUUAAAUUGUUGAAACAAACAGCAUUUUUAAAAUUAUUAUUAAGUGUUCGGCUGGACUGCUACUGCAUUAAGACAACAUAUUUUUUGACUUGUCCUCAGAGUAGCUAACUUCUUAUGAACUGAAGUCACGGUCUGACCACAACAAAAGUAAAAGUUCUGCUUUGCAAAAGGCUUCAAAAUGUCGACAAGUUGGAUUCUGUGUGUAAUGCAGCUGGAACUGGUUUGUCAGCAUGUCUAGCAUUGCUUGCAGUGAAACAUUCGCAUAGGACUACAACUGACUAGCCAGGCUGUGUUGCUUUAAAAUCUUUUCAUUUUUAAUUCAGUGAACGUUGAGCCAAAUUUAUCCCAUCGCACCUUUUUUAAUGUCCAAUCUGCUCGGUGCCAAUCACCAAAACGAUGCUUAUUAUCAAGCUCUAAUUGCUAUUAGCUUGAACUACACAUGGAUUCAUGUUAAUUCCUCGACAUUUCAUGUUACUCCAAGUCGGAGUAUUUGUUUGAAGGGGUCUUACGGCCGCACUGGAAGAAAAGAAAAUCACAGUUUUGCAAGUAUAAAGUCAUAAGUACAAGAUACAUUUUGUAAGCAAUAUUAUUGCAUGACAAUAAAGUUGCAGGGUUUGUUUUUUUUUAGAGGAAAAAGAAAAUAUCUGAAUAACAUUGUAAUUUUACAAAGAAAAAAAUCUUGAUUUUGCAGUCAAAAAAAAAAACAUUUGUAGUUUUAUGACUCGUGUGAAGAGAUAAUGUUACUGUUAAAAAAACAGGAUGAUAAUAUAAUGUCAAUUUUUGAGGAUAUGGGCUACCAUAGGGAUGUACCGUAUUUUUCGGACUAUAAGUCGCUCCGGAGUAUAAGUCGCACCGACCGAAAAUGCAUAAUAAAGAAGGAAAAAAACAUAUAUAAGUCGCACUGGAGUAUAAGUUGCAUUUUUGGGGGAAAUUUAUUUGAUAAAACCCAACACCAAGAAUAGACAUUUGAAAGGCAAUUUAAAAUAAAUAAAGAAUAGUGAACAACAGGCUGAAUAAGUGUACGUUAUAUGAGGCAUAAAUAACCAACUGGGAACGUGCCUGGUAUGUUAACGUAACAUAUUAUGGUAAGACUCAUUCAAAUAACUAUAACAUAUAGAACAUGCUAUACGUUUACCAAACAAUCUGUCACUCCUAAUCGCUAAAUCCCAUGAAAUCUUAUACGUCUAGUCUCUUACGUGGAUGAGCUAAAUAAUAUUAUUUGAUAUUUUACGGUAAUGUGUUAAUAAUUUCACACAUAAGUCGCUCCUGAGUAUAAGUCGCACACCCCCGGGCCAAACUAUGAAAAAAACUGCGACUUGUAGUCCGAAAAAUACGGUAACAAUAUGAGAAUUUCAUAUCACGGUGAUUGUGACCAGAAUUAUAGGAUAGAAUAGGAGACUUUAUUUAUCCGAAUGUGGGGAAAUAACAUUCAAAACACACGAAACAAGAGGGAAAAGACAUUACAACAGCACAGAGCUGAUGCAGCUCGCUGCCAUUUUAACAUACAGCUACAAAACAUUACAUUUUAAAUGUAUUGUGUAACUUUACAAAGGAAAAACAUGAGAUCAAUUUAUUGUAGACACAAAAAUAUAGUUGCAUCAUGUCUUGCACUAUCACAACUUUUUUCUCGUAUGAUUAAGGUUUGUUUCUUUAUUACUAUAAAUAAUACUUUUUUGUCAUGUUUUUAUUAAAAAAAAGACAA